CUCUGCGGAGUGCUCUGGUUUAUUUAGGAGCCCUGAUCUCCGAGGAAGAAGGCGGUGGUCGCUUCGAGCAGGACGCGCCCUGUACAGUGCCAGCUGGGGAAGAGGGGAAACCUCAAGAAUGGAUUCUAAACCGUCAAGGAUUCCAAGAAGAAUUUCAGUCCAACCCCCCACCUCUUUAAGUGCUAGGAUGAUGUCUGGAAGCAGAGGGAAUAAUUUAAAUGAUACCUAUCACUCAAGAGACUCUUCAUUUAGACUGGAUUCUGAAUAUCAGUCUACGUCAGCAUCAGCAUCUGCAUCACCAUUUCAGUCUACAUGGUAUAGUGAAUCUGAGAUAACUCAGGGAGCACGAUCAAGAUCACAAAACCAGCAACGGGAUCAUGAUUCAAAAAGACCUAAACUUUCCUGCACAAACUGUACAUCUACCUCAGUUGGGAGAAAUAUUGGACAUGGUUUAAAUGCAGUGUCAGAUUCUUCAUGGAGACAUAAUCAGGUUCCCAGAUCUUCAUCAAUGGUACUUGGAUCAUUUGGAACUGACUUAAUGAGAGAGAGAAGAGAUUUAGAGAGAAGAGCAGAUUCUUCCAUUAAUAAUCUUAUGGAUUAUAGUCACCGAAGUGGUGAUUUCACAGCUUCGUCCUAUGUUCAAGACAGAGUUCCUUCUUCAUAUUCACAGGGAGCAAGACCAAAAGAUCACUCCGUGAGCACUUUACAGUUGAAUACAUCAUCUACAAACCACCAAAUGCCUUCUGAACAUCAGACCAUACCAUGUUCUAGGGACUCCAGUAGAAAUUCUCUAAGAUCAAAUUUUUCUCCAAGAGAAUUGGAAUCUCCCCAAAGCAGUACACAACCUGGAUUUUCUUAUAUUUCAAAUAGAGAUGAAACCUCAACCAUAAGCAGUUCAGAUAGGGUUGGUUCAUCUCAAAGAUCAUUUCAAGAAUCUUCUGACAAUGAAGGUAGACGUUCAACCAGGAGAUUGCUGUCACGUAUAGCUUCUAGUAUGUCAUCUACCUUUUUUUCACGAAGAUCUAGCCAGGAUUCCUUGAAUACAAGAUCGUUGAGUUCUGAAAAUUCCUAUGUGUCUCCAAGAAUCUUGACAACUUCACAGUCUCGUAGCAAUGCAGCAUCAUCUUCUGAUGUCCCUGAUAAUAGGGCAUCUGAAGCUUCUCAGGGAUUUCGAUUUCUUAGGCGAAGAUGGGGUUUGUCCUCUCUUAGCCAAAAUCAUAGCUCUGAGCCAGAUUCAGAAAAUUUUAACCAGGAAUCUGAAGGUAGAAAUACAGGACCAUGGUUAUCUUCCUCACUUAGAAAUAGAUGCACACCUUUGUUCUCUAGAAGGAGACGAGAGGGACGAGAUGAAUCUUCAAGGAUACCUACCUCUGAUAUACCACCUAGAUCUCAUCAUAUGUUUAGAAGAGAAUCAAAUGAAGUGGUUCACCUUGAAGCACAGAGUGAUCCUGUUGGGGCUACUGCCAGCAGAUCACAGGCAUCUCCAGCUUCGAGUAAUGCUGGUACUGGUGGCUCCACAUCAGAUUCAGCCCACAGUGGAAGAAAUACAGGAAUAACAGGGAUCCUUCCUGGUUCCUUAUUUCGAUUUGCAGUCCCCCCAGCACUUGGAAAUAAUUUAACCGACAAUGUCAUGAUCACUGUAGAUAUUAUUCCUUCAGGUUGGAGUUCAUCUGAUGGAAAAAGUGAUAAAACUAAAAGUGCACCUUCAAGAGACCCAGAGAGACUGCAGAAAAUAAAAGAGAGCCUCCUUUUAGAGGAUUCUGAAGAAGAAGAAGGUGACUUAUGUAGAAUUUGUCAGAUGGCAGCUGCAUCAUCAUCUAACUUGUUGAUAGAGCCAUGCAAGUGCACAGGAAGUUUGCAGUAUGUCCACCAAGAGUGUAUGAAAAAGUGGUUACAGGCCAAAAUUAACUCCGGUUCUUCGUUAGAGGCCGUAACCACCUGUGAACUCUGUAAAGAGAAGUUGCAGCUUAACCUGGAGGAUUUUGAUAUUCAUGAACUACAUAGAGCUCAUGCAAAUGAACAAGCUGAGUAUGAGUUUAUCAGCUCUGGUCUCUACCUAGUUGUGUUAUUGCACUUGUGCGAGCAAAGCUUUUCUGAUAUGAUGGGAAAUACAAAUGAACCAAGCACGCGUGUCCGAUUUAUUAACCUUGCAAGAACUCUUCAGGCACAUAUGGAAGAUCUCGAAAGUAGGUGGAAUUUCCCCUUCCCAGACUUGUUGAAUUUACUUUUGCAAAUUAAACCCACAGAGCAAAACCUAAUUGUAUAUUCUUUCUAUCAAAUUAGAGCUUCAUGUAUAGGCUUAAUAAUAGCAAAAUAAUUGAUUUGGGAAAGAUGGGUAGAGCAACUGACAGUUUCUUAAAAGCAUAUUAUAUUCUUUUAAAUUCUAUUUUAAGGUAUAGGAUGUAUUUUAAUAUUUUAAAUAAAAUUGUAUUUUUGAAUGUCUUAGUUUUAGAACUUUUAAUCAAAAAGAAAACAUUCACUGCUCAAACCACACUUCUAAAUCUGUUCAAUUUGUGUGUGUGUGUCUAUGAAGUUUUACUUGCUACUCAGCUUUGUUAGAUCACUAAAGGUUUUCCCUGGGUUUGUUUGUAGUUCUAGGAAAAUAAGGGUGAAAGAUUCCUAAUUCUGAGUCUAUAACAGAAGCCAUAGUUUUUUUUUUGCUCCUUGUUCAGGUCCUCAUGGACCUUUAAUAGGCAGCCAGCUCCGCCAGCAACUCCAAUCUCUUAAGAUCACGUUCCAGCAUUAGGACUUCUGCCUGGGCUCCUAUGUGAAGGCACUUAAUGCCCAAAUCUUUACAGGCAUCUGCACAGCUUAACCUCAAAGUCCUACAACCUCCAGGGUGCUUCAUAUCAGGUGGGCACAGAUAUCAGUAGCUGUGAAACAAUCCCUGAGAAUCCAAGAUUACCGUACCUUUUGUACCUUUUCACCCAAAGCAACUGGCUCCCCACGGUCAGAUUCCAUCACACUCUUUGAAGUGCUUUAAAAUAUGUAAUCUCCACUGGAUUAUCUUCUGUACUCAUCUUCAAAACACUUGGAGUGUUACCUGUAGUGUGCAUAAUGUUUUUACCUUUAGGGUAAGCUCAGCAUCCUUUAAAGUUUGGGAAGGACUUGGUCUUCAUGGGAACCUUUUAAUGCCUUGAAUAUUCUAAGACCCUGAUUUUUGUCAUUAAGUCUGUAUUGUUUUUAAGUUCUGAGAGGAUUAGAUAAUGCAUUUUCACAUUUCAGUAUUUGUGAAAAUGGUAUGUAAAGGAGUAAAUGGUAUAUAAAAUGUGAAUUCAUUGGGUAUAAAUACUUUUUCUUUUAUACCUUCUUAGUUUAGAUCCCUUGUGUUGUCUAACACAACAGUCUCUUUUUUGGUAAAUUAUAAUUAAUACCUUGCCAGAUGUGAUGAUAGUGAUUUGUUUCACUGUAUAUUUUCCUCAGAUUGCCUGUUUUGUUUUUUUUAAAUUAACAUUCUCAUUUAGAAUUUAGUUUCUUAAACAUAGCAGUGUCUCCUCCCAGCAUGUGAGAAAGAUGGAGGUGAAAUACACCCAAAUUCAGCUGUGAGUGACAGAUGUGGGUGCUGCAAGCUUAAUCCUAAGUACCAAAAUUUUCAUAUGUUCUAAGAGCUAGUUCUGACUGAAUUUUCUUCUUCCAUGGCUUUAAUCAAAUAGAAAACAUGAGAAUUUCCCUGAAGAGCUGUUUUUAUUUUUUAGUUUGAUAUUUUCUGGGAUACAGCAUAAAACUUAACUGCAGGAUCUACUCAUUUAUGAGCUGAGUACAUGCUUGAUACCCUUUAUUAAAAAUGGACUUAAGAUCUGCAAGAUAGGUAGACUAAGGAAACUUAGGUUUCAUCCAUACAUAUAGCAUAAUUUUUUUGUCGAUUCCAUUUGUUGGGUACUCUUAAAUAUUGGGUCCAGUAUUAAUACAAGAAGAGUGUACAUUUAACCUUUCUGCCCUUGAUAUUAGGGAAAUGCUGGUUGGGUGUUUAUUUUAGUGAACUUCCAUUUUUCUGAACACACAACAGUUUAUAGAAUACAUAGUUUUUUACUUAUGUCCUUCCUGUUGACAUUCCAGGAUGUGUAUUUUAAACUUCUGAGCUACUUAAUAAUAAUUUGAUGUCAGAAACAUUGCGCAAGUGAUGUUUCCGAUAAUGUGGAGGCAUAGGAAUAAUCUCAAAAAAAGGUUUUUAUUGAAUCCAAUUAUUUUAACUUGGGCUGUGUCUAUAUAAAGCUUUUUUGGCUAAAUAGAGCUUUUCUUGGCAUUGUAUAGACAGAGCUUUGAUGUAAAUUGGAAGAACACCCAUAACCUAUUCUGUGUACAUUUUUUUUCAUUCUCAUCGGAUGCAUCAAACAUGCAGCAGUAAUAAACCAGAUUCUUCUCAGGUGUGUGAGAGCACUUGCCUUAAGUUCAUUUUUUCUCUGGUGUCUGUAUCAUUAGCUACUAUGAACACAGAUUGGUCUCAGUUGUUGAGAAGAUGUUUCUUGAAGCACAUUUUUAAGCAUUUUCAUUUUUGUAAAAACUAACCUAACAAAAAGAUGUGGGGGUGGGAACAUUGUGGAUGGGCAUCGCCCACAGUCAGACCACCCCUAACCCUAUCAUUUACCAUUUUGAUCAAACAGUAUACUAAAUUGGGAUUUUUAUUUUACAAGUCAUUGCUAUUCUGGCUUCAUAUUUACACUUCCAUUCUCAUCCCCCUAAAAUCAUUCUUGAUCAUCCUGUUUUCUUUCAACAGCUUCAGAGGAUGAUUCCGAAGAAGAUGGAGACCAUAGCAGAACAUUUGAUAUUGCCUAACUUCAUAUAAGACAAAUGGAUGAUCUGUG